ACACAGCUGGGCCCAGCCUUGGCUGACUUCUCUCUGCCUAGGGAACCCCCCCGGGACCUUGUUCUUAUUCCCCAAGAUCAAGGCGGCAAUUGCCUCUGUCCACAAUGAAUGUCGUCCUCUCCAGGGACAGUCAGGUGAAGGCCAUGGAGAACACUGUGACCAACGCUGAGAAGUAUUUCGGUCAGUUUUGCUCGCUGCUGGCCUCCUACACGCGCAAGACAGCCCGGCUGCGUGACAAGGCCGACCAGCUGGUGAAGCAGCUCAUGGAUUUUGCCAACACUGAGAACCCGGAGCUUCGGGCUACCAUGCGAGACUUUGCUGAGGACCUGGCCAAAGUGCAGGAUUACAGGCAGGCAGAGGUUGAGAGGCUGGAGGCCAAGGUCAUCAGCCCCCUGAAGCUCUAUGGAGCCCAGAUAAAGCAGACCCAGGCAGAUAUCAAGAAAUGUAAACGUGUCCAAAAUAAUGAGAUCAAGCAACUGGAAAAGCUGGAGAAAUUAAGGCAGAAGUCACCCUCAGAUCGACAAAUGAUUUCCCAGGCGGAGACCAGUGCACAGAGGGCCUCUGUGGACACCAACCGCUCUACCCACCACCUGGCAGAGACAGUGGAUGCCUUCCAGGAGCAGAAGCUGAAGGACCUCCGGAGAAUCUUCUCUGACUUUGUGACCAUCGAGAUGGUCUUCCACGCAAAGGCAGUGGAGGUGUAUUCCAGUGCUUUCAGGACCCUGGAGAGCUACGACCUGGAGCGAGACCUGCAGGACUUCAGAGCUAAGAUGCAUGGAAUUUAUGGGCACAGUGAAGCUCGGCCACCCACAGACACCAGCCCCUCUCCAUCUCUCCCUUGGCCUCUGGUCAGCCAGAGUGUUCAGAGCACCGUGGCACGCCAGGGAAAAGACGAGGAGGAGAGCGAGGCAGACUCUGUGGAGGAGAUCCCCCUGGAGGACCUCAAGGGACAGCAGCAGGGACGCUAUGACUAGGAAGAGGAUGCAGUAGCAGGUUGAAGGCCUAGGCUGGCCUGGACCCUGGUGGGCUCUGCUUGUGUCCUCAGGUCAGGGAUCCCCGGAGCCUCACUUCCCUUAUCGGCACAGCAGGCUGCUCUGCGGACUCCUACUCCUGGUGUCAGUGAGAGACAUGUGACUUACAGUUGCAUCCUUGCUUUGCCUGUUUCCUGCCCUCAUCUGGGGACAGGAGUCUCCACAUGUGUUAAUGCUAAAGCGUGGUGGAUUAGUUUUGGGGGUCUUCCUGGCCAAGUACCACCAACGGGGAGGCUAAAGCAGCAGAAGAAUAGACCGCCCUGCCCAGAAGCUGCCAUCCACAUCAGGUGUUGGAGGCCUAGCUCCUCCAGAGCGGGGAGGUACGGGCAGUCUAAGCCUCUGUCCAGCUUCCGGCUCAUGCAGCCUGUUCCUGUGGCCACGAUGCCCAAAGUCUGCUUUUGAUUCUACACGGUGUUCUCCCUAAGUGCACCGAAGUCUGUGCCCAAAUGCCCCCUUCUGUAAGCUGAGGACCCCUGCUGUGGUUGCCUUCCAACCCCUGCACAAGGACCAUUUUCAGGCUCUGCACCCCAGGACUUAACUCUUCAAUACACAGACUUGGCAGACAGGCACAGAUCUCAGCCGUUACACAUGGCAUGAUCUAUACAAUGGCUAUGGGGCCUUGAAUACACAGAGGUCCACAGCGAGGGUAGGUAGAGGGUGGGUGGGCACCUCCAGGAGCAUGUGUGAGGUGAUCCCUGGGCACACUCUUUGGGGGAUCUUCCCUAGGAAGAAUGAGGCCACCAUGAACGUGAUAGGUCCUAAACUUGGAUCAAUGAACUCUUGGGUGAGAGGGUAUCCCCUGUCCUUUAUCACUCUGUUCCACAGACAACUUGGGUGAGCGCAGGCUUGAUCACCCCCUGGCAUCAGGGUGCCCCCGACCCUGCCUCCUCUCUGAGCCAAAGUACUCCCUCCUGGGAGACCCCAAUUUGGCCCCACAUGACAGGUGGUGAUCAGGUACCCCACAUGUCCAAGUAGCAGGCCACACUGUCCUCAGGCAAACUCUGGCCCAGCUUCUGAGUCUAGACGGGGGGUGGGGCUAUAUAUUUCUGCAAAGCCCGUGAUGUGACUAUGUAUUCCGUGAGGUCCUCACAGACAUGUGAAAACAAGUUAAUAUGACUUCUUUUUCAAAGAUAAUUUAUUUCAGUUUUCACCUCCUGACAAGUCAAGGUACUAUAUAUAUGGAUAGGUACACUUUUUUUUUCUUCACAGGAAACAGCCCUGCCUGAGAUCCUCAACCUCAUAACUUUCUCAACCUUAAUUUUAGAACAUGACCUGGCAGGGCACCAAGUUGUGUAACAUAUAAAAGACAGCAUCACUGGAGGGCUUCUGGCAAAAAAAAAAUGGGUAUGGAACCCUAAAGAGACAACAGACCGCGCAGGCAGAGUCCCCACAGAAACUGCACUGGGAACCAGGUAGAGCAAGGCAGCCGACGGUCCAGGCCCUCACAUAUGCUCUAUGGAGAUACAUGGCUGCUGUCUGAGACUAGUAGCUCCCAACAGUCAAAUGUCCAACUCAUCCCUCUCAGGGAUCCCCAAUCUGAAUGAAGUGACGGUCGGUCUCAGGCUACUGACCAGCGUUCUUCUCCCCAGCUGACACUAUG